AUGGGCUGUUCGGAAAAAGCAGCGUCCAAAAUGCUGUUCCUUCUGCUGCUUAGCUCUGCGCCUCUUCUACAAGGUAAGGGGGCCGGCUUUGUCGGGAGAGGGGUUUGGGGGUGUGUGUACCAAAACGGAAUGGGCUUGUUGCAUUUUGACAGUGUUUUGUACCAAAGGAAAGGGGAUUGAAAAUGCAUCCUCAUCUUCCCCACCCCCCCAGGGUGCAAAUGGCAGGUGGAUAUGUUGUGAACGCGGUGUUGCAGGCAUAGGUGCAAUAUUUCCAAACGUACCUUAAAAAAAACACAACCUGAAAUAUUUUCCUGCCUUGCAUGGAAACACAUGGAUAUUAAAACAGCUUUGGGUAUGAGAUUGUGAUGGGAGGGUACACGUAGGCUGCCAGGGUUAUUACAAGCGCUUGCAAAACGAAACGAGGGAUGGGGAAAUUGUUGCACAGAGCUGGGAGGUUCUGUGCCUCCUUGCAAAAAAAGAAAAGAAAAAGGGGGUGAUCCUCUUUGGGGUUUGUAGAGGUGGAAUACAGAGAUCUGAGGAGUAGCAUGCAUCAGUAGCAAACGAAUGAUAAUCAAGGGUGUUCUAGGGGAAAUGGACAGGGAAAUAUUCUGUUUAUAAAGAUUACAAAAUAUAGCACAAAUGGGUCCAUAAACUGUCUUUGCUUUUGAUUAUUAGUAUGCCCCCCCCCCCGCAACAUUGUAAAUGGGAGCACAGGCUUCAAGGGAACCAAUUAUUAAUAACGGGGGAGGGGUGUCAGGUUGUCGCAGAACAUUGCAAGUGAAGCAGAAAUUUGGGGCUGACCCUUGAUUGAUACCAGUGCAGACAGGACAUUUGGGGUUGGGAGUUGAGUUGAAUUUUGAAACGUGGAGGUCAAAGAAUUGGGGUACAAAUAGAUACUGAUGUGUGUAAGAAAAAGAAAGUGGAGUGUUACAUACAACACUGCAAAGAAAAACAGAUUCAGGAUUCCUGCAUUGCUAAAAGGAGACAGGAUUUUUCAUGCAACGUAGAAACAAAACAGGUUUAUAAGGUCCCUCUUAAUAAAAAUGGAUCUCUUUGCAAAAUCAGAAAAGGGGUGCCCAAACAUAAGGAUUGUGUUUCUUCUUCAUUGUUAUUCAGUUCUGGGGUGUACAGCAGACAGGGUUGUAAAGAGCUGAAGAGAUUUGGGGAACUGGCAUAAUGGAAAGCGGGGGCCGGCUGGCUUGGGCAAUGCAUUUCCAAGCAGAAUCAGCGAUUGUGCAGCUUUGCAAUGCAGUUAAGGUGGGGAAGAAUCUCAGUGCUGCUGGACGUAUGUGGGGUGCUCAGCUGGGGCAGCAGGCUGCUGCAUUUUCAAGGCCUUAAAGUACCACGGUAGCAAGAAAACUAGAUGUGGGAGGGCAGAAGGGUUGUGAGGUAGAAUGGUGAAAGAUGAGGCUAGGCCCAGGACUCCAUGAAGGUUGGGGUUAUUACUGAUGCACUGCAGGCACUAAGGAUUUGGGAAGCAUAGAUUUUUCCAUUUGGGUGUGGAGACUAGAUGUUUAUCUGGAUUCCAGCUAACUGUUCCUUCCUAUACUUUCUUGAAAUCACAGGCGUCACCCACCUUCGUUGAUUUGGGUUUUUUUUAAUGGCAGGGGGAGGUUAUAUGUGAGCAAUCACUCACUUAGGAGAUGCUGAGUGUGGGAUGUGCCACCAAGUUAAUGUGGCCUUUCACAGAAGGUUAUCUUUUCCUGCCUAACAACCGUUCUCUUUCCCACCCCAGAGGCAGCUGCCUUUUGAUUUUUGACAUCUGUCUCGUUGAGGGGGUGGCUGGCUGGCUAGGAGUGGCUGACGGAUCCCUAAAUGGGAUGGGCGAGGCAAGCCUUCCCACUCCGUGGGGGUCUCUCUGCCACUUUACUGUGGGGUGGCGAAUGACUGGGCCCACAAGGCCUGCCAGGCGGCUGGCCUUCUUAAUGGAGCGAGUUCAGAGCAAUUAAUGGCUCGCCAGCAGCUGCCAGGAUCUCACAUGCUGUCAGACGCCUACGGCGGCGGCGGCUGUCACUGCCGAACUUGUCACAUCAAGGCAGCAAGAGUGAUGUGCGGGGCUCAUCAUUCAAGGCCCUUCAGCCCGUGAUCCGCAAACCCCCCUGCUAUCCCAUCCCUGAGCUGCCUCUUAGAGCCUGCCAACCACCUUUCAAUCAGCACCCUGCGUCCUAGCCUACAGGCUCUUUCCCCUUCUAUUUUCCUAGCACCAAGGCCAAACUUAAUGUGUAAAAUAUGGAGCUAAAUGACGCAGCCUUCUGCAGUAAAAUGGGAGGAGGGAGGCAGACAGGCAAGCAUUCACAAGAGCACUUAACACACAUUAGUUACCUCCCAGUUUGCAUUUUAGCUACCGCUUCACUGUCACAAGAUCGUGUCUCUCCAAUUCACUUGCCUUCUUAUCACACUUCAGCUGCGCAGUUUGCCGACAGUGCCACUUUAUCACAGAUAAAUUACUCCACCUUAAACACACACUAAUCACCCAUUUUGUUCACAAGGCCUAACUUCUAAAUGAACGGCCUCUUCGUCCUUUUUUAACCAGUAUGUUCAUCCAACCAGCAUUGAUAAAAACAAUAAGAGUUCUUCCAAUAAGAGUUUGUUCAGUAGAUUUAGACCCUGUAAUGAGAACACCCCUGCUUGCAUCUGGAACAGAACACAUAGGAUUAUAGAAACAGACUGAAUCAGUGAGGGGGAAAUAUCUCAUUUCUACCACACUUAAAGAGAAGUGUAGUUUGGGCUGCAAUCCUAGAACACUUUUCUAGUUUAGUGAAUAAGCGCCAUUGAACUGUAUGUUAAUGACCGCACAAAACAAUUACUUUUGUCUAGAUUAAUUAACUGAAAAAGAUAACCAGGGUGGGUGGGGAGGCAGGACUAAGAAAUGUUUCCACUUUUUUUUAAUGGGCCAGCAUCAAAUUCUUAGUGUUCUCUCAUACAGAACAGAGGCUUCAGAAGUCUUUCCAGGAUAAGGGGGGCAGUGUGAAGACCUCUAGCUGCCUGUAUCAAACACAGAUGCAUGGGAAGUCUGAGAACUGGAAUUUAUUUCCGUUUGGGGCAAUAAGCAGGCAUGUGGCCCAGUGCUCCAGUUAGAGAAGGGAAGUUUGUGUGGAGGGACCCUUGCAGUCUAUAAGAACCACCUCUGUUUUAGCCAAAGCAUUACCCUCCUGUAGCUUUCUAAAAACCCCGAAAGGAGUCUAGACGAAUGCUAAGAGGACUAGGCGUACAUCUUCUCCCUCAAGUUAAAGCACAGAGGUGGCCAAAUGUUAUAACAGAAGUGGUGGAGCAAUGGAAGUGGUGGCCAAUGUUGUGCAUGCCUUUCCCCCCACCGCCAAGCCAAGGCCAUAUUUCAGGGAUGGACAGUUGACCUAUGGGUGGGAGUGGCUGGGCUUCCAUCACCACCGCUCAGUGGCCAAGUGACAUUCCUCCUCAGCCGACCUUAUGCCCACUCAGACCCACCUCUUCUUCCUUCCUAGACAAGGACAAGGGGCAUGACUUUGGACAGAGGCGGAUUGUCAGGCCUAAGUCCGUGCUGCCACAAGGCCUGCAGCCAUUUCCAUAUCCCGCCAGGUGGGCCUUGCUGAAAUUAUGAAGCCUCGUUUCAGUCAAGUAUUGCCAAGUCCAUUAUGUGGCCAGGUGACACUGCUUCCUCUCUCCUACUCAGGGUAGACCCAAUGAAAUGAAGGAACCUAAGUUGGUCAUGUCUACUAACGUCAAUGGGUCUACUCUGAGCAGGACUGGCAUUGGCUGCAACCCACUAUGCAGGGCACAUGGACCUGGUAGGGUUAGUUUUGUUCUGUGCUGAGGGACGUAAGGAGGACAAUGCAAGAUCUGGAUUGUGGUGGACGGGGAUGUGGAGGCCUGUAUUGUUUGUCGACUUCUUCAUUUAUUGCAUGUCCUCCCCAGUUUUCUUCUGGGGAAGCACAAAAGCUGAUAGGUUUCCAUUCACCCUUCCUUCGCUGCAGGCCUGCCCCUCUGGGAAAAUGAUGAUGUGGUCCCGGCUACCCCCUCCCCACAGCUGGAGGCCCUGUCAUCGGAGUCCAUGGGUGGACCCAAGGAGGAGGAACUGGGGGUCUCAGCUGAGGUCAGGGGGUCCUCACCCCCCAGCCCUGAAGGCCUCUCUGAGUUGCUGCAGGGGGCACUGCUGAGGAAGGAGUUUCUGGGGGGCGAGCUGAUGGAGGAGCCCAUCCCUGGUGAGAAAAAUAAAUAAAUAAACUGGAGGAGGGUGGGAGAGGAAGGGGGAGGUCGUGGCGCCCUCUUUGGGCAUGGCUGGAGUAAAAUGGGGUUGCUUGUGUGGGAAAGUGUGGCUGGAGGACUAUGUAUAAAGUAGGUUUGAUUAUUAACUGGAAUAAACAUUCCAGUUUGGUAAAUAUUGGUAAUAAAUACAGUGGCAGCUGGUCCGUUGGGGCACAGACCCACAAACCUCAGCCUUCUUACUUAACAACCAGUCAAGGGUGUGUGUGGCUGUGCCUGUCAUUUGCUCUAGCGCCACCUACUGCUGGCCUCCCAGCCUUCUGCCCUACCAGUUCCAUUGAGCACCAGCCACUAUUUCUAAUAGAUAGUCAUUGGUUUACUGCCAGAAAAGCGGUAUGCGUUUUACAGAGUGGCUAUUGGAAGGGUGUGGUGGGGGGCUACAAAUGUACAUGUUUCCCUGUCAUCCGUUCUGAUUUCCCUGCCCUGUUCUUUCCUUCUCUCCCACCAUCGCCAUCGUGCUGUCCUAGGAGGUAGCCCUUCCACGCUGCCUCCAUUCCACCCACCUGUCCAGCACUUGGAUGGUGGGAUGGUCCCCGAAGCCUCUGAAGCUGCAGCCACGGGUCCUUCCCCUUUGACCACUGCUGCACCGCCCACUGGCUUCCUCCUUACGACCCCUCCGGCUUCCACAGCCGCUGCGCCCCCCCGCCUUCCACCUCCACCUGAUGAGACCGGGUCUGCCGGCCAACACAUCUCGGCCACGACCACGGCCUUCAUCCCCGAAGGCGACGAGGAGACCACCACCACACUUAUCACGACGACAACCAUCACGACGGUGCACACGCCAGGUGAGGGAUGAGGAUGUGGAGUGUGGACAGAUUCCAGAGUUGGUGGACUUGCUUUAAAGUGUGCUUUCUUAAGGCAGCGCGAAGCCAUUUUGAUUUUCAUUGUUUGUGUCUUCCUUCCCAAGUACUGUGCAACAACAACAUCACUGACGUGGAAGGCUACGUGGAAUCUCCGGACUACGCGGGCGCUACUUUCUAUGGGGGCCUGGACUGCACCUACACAAUCUCUGUUUAUAUGGGCUACGGGAUAGAAGUGCAGGUAAGCUACAAGAAAAAGUGCUAGUCUGAAGCUGAAAGAUGUUCGCUGUUUGUUGUUCUAAGUGUUUUUUAAAAAGAGGAUGAGCAGGUAGCAUAAAACUUGGCCUUUUCUGGUUACCUUUGGUUCUUGUCCUUCAGAUUUGUAUCAUUUUUCUGUCUGCAAGACAGAAAGAAAAGUCUGCCUGUUUGCUGCCAACUGCUUCUAGGUGUUGGAGACUUGAAAACACCUUCUCUCAACAUAGGGAUGCUGACAGUGACUGAUAUUUAUUUGCUCCCUUCAGAGAAAUAACAACAUCUUGUGUUACAGCCUUUCUCGCAAAUAGGUUUACAUUUUGUGUCCCCAGUCAAAAUUCUCAGACUAGAGGAAAAUAGUGGUGUUCUUAAUUUUUAAUUCUCAGCCAAAAAGUUGUGGUUGCAUUUGGAGGGCGGGUAAGCUUAGAUGUGACCUUGUAAAUCAUUUGUUCUGGGUUUCGGUCCAAGAGAGGGAGAGCUCUUUUUUCUCCCAUUCUUUGUCCUGACUUUGUCCACCUUCCACUCCCAGGUGCAGAGUCUGAACCUAUCCAAGGAAGAUUCGCUGACCGUAGAGGGCCUGGGAGGGGAGAAGCCUGUUGUCUUGGCCAAUGAGUCCCUGAUGGUUGAGGGGCAGGUGAUCCGCAGCCCAACCAAUCAGGUGUUGAUCCACUUUCAGAGCUACCACACCACCACCCCUGGAAUCUUCAAAUUUCACUACCAAGGUAAGAAAUGGACAUUUCAGUCACCCCUUGAAAUAUGUGAAGGAGCAAUUUACCAACCAUGUUUAAAGUAAGUGGUUUUUAACACUUUAAAAACAGGCCAGUGGUUUUGUGAAGUUUUGAAGUGACUUGUUUGGACCAGGCUAUAGGCUAUAAGACGUGCCACCCUGACCUUUUUUAGGAGGAAGAGCAGGAUAUAAAUCAAAUAAAUAAUAAAAUCAGACCUGUUGGGAACCAAUCCUUAGUUGGAGUAACUCGGGACCAAACUGGAUCUUACAAUGUGAUGAUUAUUUAUAUGCAGGACGACAACAACUGUGAUUGCAGUAGAUCUGUUUGUCUAAAUGCAGGGUUCUCCAAAUCGCAUGUAAAUCCUGUUUGCUUAAAGUCACAUAUAAGGUGAGAUGCAGGUCUCAUUUUUAGAUCAAAAGGUACAUGUGGGUGAGGGGUCCUAGCCAUUUGCUUCUGAUAGUGAAAGUUCUGGUGGUAGAAUUGAUAGAAAGAUUCUUGGGGAGUGAAGCUACUGCAGACAGUAACCGGUGGACACAAUAUAAUCGAGGCAAAAUGUAGAAUAUCAUUAGUCCAUGACAAUGAAGAAGAAUGUGAAAAUGUGGUAUUUAACUAUGCUGUUCAGCCUAAAUUGACUAAGAGUGACUAAGAAUGAUGACAAAAAAAUUAGUAGACUUUUGUUGGGUUGGGAAACUAUGACUUGAAUACUGGCAGAGUGAAGCACACCUCUCUACAGAGAUAUCUCGUUUAUUAGUAUGGUGCAAGAGCAUGUUUAAAAGUAAUCCAUUUGUUACAUGAUUUGUUUUUGUCAUCAGUAUAGUAUUUUUAAUGUCUGUGUACAGUGAAAUGUUAACAACAACAAGAAGUGAUGGGGCAGACUCAGGUUUAAACAAAUGGGUCUGCUGCCAUUUGGGUCUAGUUUGAACCACGUUAUUAUCCGAUCUAAGAGUCACAGAAGCAGGGUCAGGGUGCUCUGCAAGACCUGAGAGAAAUCCCAGAGAUGGUACACGGUCCUAGCUUGAGAGUUAGAGAUUGAGGAGCCAAGAACAGAAGGAGGAUCUCUGGGACUUGGGCAACAACUUGGAGAGGACCUAAACUGUUUUAUUUGGGCUGCCUCUGUAGAUGCCUGAAACAAAGGCCCUCAUGCUUAAAGUGGCACAUUUCCCCCCUGGCAGAAAUGUUGUGGUUCACCAUGUGAUCAACAUCAUCUCUUUCCUUUACGUUGCAAUGUGGCCUGACAAUCCAAGAAACCUGGAUCAGUGAUUUGGGUUGGAGCCUAAGGUUUACCAGUUGCUGGAAAGCACGGGAGGCAGGAGUGCUGUUGUGAUCAGGUCCUCCUUGCCCGCUUCCCAUAGGCAUCUGGUUGAUCACUAUGAGACUAGGAUGCUGGAAUAGGUGACUGGCCGGAUCCUGCAUGGCUCCUCUUGCAUUCUUAUUAUGCCUGCCAGUUACAAAUCUUUGAUUUCGUUAUUUAGCUUCUCCACCAACAGAUGGGGCUGCAGACUUUUAUCCUACUUCAGCUGCUGUCCUUGAUGUUACCAUAUUGUUGUUCUUUUGACAAAGUUUCAGCCAUGUUUUGGGCUGAAGGACUGGUGUUUCUUGUUUCCGUAACUAAGAAUCAGUGCCCUCCCACCACACACUCACUUAUGGAAGUAGAGGUUUGGGAGCUUGUGAGAAACAUGCAAAUUUCAGCUUUUGUUUUGUAAAGCCAAGUUUCCAGCCCUGUGUUUAUGGAAAUAAACCUGAAAAUGUGUUGGCAGAAAGGGUUAAAGGCAAGGAGUCCAGAGUAUAGCCAAAUGUGUGUUGCUGUUUUUAACUAUUUUCUAAUGCUUAUAUUAAAUUUUUUUCAACUGACUGCCAAGCGGCAUACAAUUUCACAAUAAAAACAUUAUAGCAAAAAGUGAAAUGUGCCGAUCAGCUGUCAUCCAGCAUCUUCCCCCUUUAGAAAAAAAUAUAUGCAAAUUCAGCCUUGAUUUUGAUGGAAGUCAUUAAAUCAGUUGCUGAAUGCUUCAAAUUUCCUCCUCCUCGAUCCUUCCCAGUUCUCAUUCUCUUGGCCUUGGGCCAUGUGCUUCUUUUUGACACCACAUUCCUUCUCUGCCCCCACCCUGUCCCCCAAUUCUAGCUUUCCUCCUGAGCUGCGGCUUCCCCAGCCGACCUGAGAAUGGCGAUGUCAUGGUGACUGACCUCCACCCAGGUGGUUCUGCCACUUUUAAGUGCGAGUCAGGCUUCCACCUGCGAGGGGAAGAAACGCUCAUCUGCCUCAACGUCAGCCGCCCUCGCUGGAGUGGCACGAGCCCUGCGUGUGUGGGUGAGUGGCCAAAUCAAAGUGGGGUUGUGGCUCAUUUGGCUAGAGCAUGGUGCUGAAAUUGCCAAGGGUUGAGGGUUUGAUACCAGUAUGGGCCAGCUGCAUAUUCCUUCAUUGCAUGGGGUUGGAUGAGAUGAUCCUCUGGGGCCCUUACAACUCCAUAACUCUAUGAUUCUAGAAUGGAACAGGGUAGCCUUGGGGAAAGGCAGAAGAGGGGUAGACUGCUAACCAAAGAAAGGUCUUUUGGUCCAUCGUUCAGCCCGGACACUCAGGUCCUCUGAGGGUCUUCUGCUGGUUCCCUCACUGUGAGAAACGAAGUUACAGGGAACCAGGCAGAGGGCCUUCUCGGCAGUGUUGCCCACCUUGUGGAACACCUUCCCAUCAGAUGUCAAGGAAAUAAACAACUAUCUGACUUUUAGAAGACAUCUGAAGGCAGCCCUCUUUAGGGAAGUUUUUAACGUUUGAUCUUUUAUCAUAAUAAUAAUAAUAAUAAUAAUAAUAAUAAUAAUAAUAAUAAUAAUUCUGGGAGCCGCCCAGAGUGGCUGGGGAAACCCAGCCAGAUGGGUGAGGUAUAAAUAAAAAAAUUAUUAUUAUUAUUAUUAUUAUUAUACACUCCUUGUGUUUCGUAAUUCAUAACACAGAGAAGGACCUUGUGACUGUUUAAUAGGGGGUAAUAAAAGCAUAAGUGGUGCAGAGAGGAAAUAAAUAGAAAAGAUUCUCUCUUUCUCAAAACGGUGGAAGUCAAGGUUGUUCAGUGAGUUGAUCAUUAGGUUUUGGGAUAUAUAACACUGCUAUUACUAAUAUAGCAAUAUCUGGCCUUUGUCCCCCUCUAGCUUCCUGUGGAGGGACAGUCCGCAAUGCCACUCGUGGGCGCAUCGUGGCUCCUGAGGCUCCAGGAGGGCCUCACGGCCGGAACCUCACCUGCCGCUGGUUGGUGGAGGCGCCCGAAGGCCAGAGGCUUCACCUGCACUUUGAGAGAGUGGCCCUGGACGAAGACAACGACAAGUGAGGAAAUAUCGACGCACGGGCGCUGCAAGAGGAGAUGAGGGUGGUGGAGAGGUAGAAAAGCUGACAGAGAGCAGAGAGGAAGUAUUUGCAGCUGGAGGGGAGAACGGGGCAGAGCAGAGAAAGGACAAGAAGUGGUUGAGGGGAGGCAUGAGAAGAUGAUGGUGAGGAAAGGAAACAUCAAAGGAAGGAAAUGUGGGAACAGGGAGAGCAGGAGAAGGUAAGCACAUCGGAGAAGAUGUUGGUUCAGUUAAUUAAGGGGAGCUGGAUGGAAGCAGUCAAGAUCUCUUGGGCUUGGGGGGGGGGGAAGCAGUGGGAGACAGAGGUUUGGAGCAGUCCUCUUAAGUUAGAUUGAAGCUCUCAGGAGGUUUGAGAUGAAAGAAUACGGUGCCUUGAGGAGGAGCAGGCCCAGUCACAGAGGGUUUUUUCCCCUGUUCCCCAGACUGAUGAUCCGCAGUGGGAGCAGUGCCUUUUCCCCGAUCAUCUACGACUCGGAUAUGGAUGAUGUCCCAGAACGGGGGUUGCUGAGCGAUGCCCAGUCUCUCAUUGUGGAGCUCACCAGUGAGGGCCCGGCCACACCUCUCAUCCUUAGCCUGCGCUAUGAAGGUGAGAACAGAGACCUCCCCACUUAGGUGCCCUCAGAAAUGGCAGAAGCAGGCCAGUGUGGAAACCGGCAUCUGGUAUUGGUUGCUUCUGAUUUGUAGUUCUGGGUGACCGAUUAAAUCACAGUAAGUAUAAUCAAGUGUACGUAUUCAUCACCGUAGAAACCAUUGUCUUGGAGCAAAUCCAGAAUAUUACAUUUAGUGGACUCAUAAGGUAAAGGUAAAGGACCCCUGACAGUCAAGUCCAGUCGCGAAUGACUCUGGGAUUGCGGUGCUCACCUUGCUUUACUGGCCGAGGGAGCCGACGUUUGUCCGCAGACAGUUUUUCCGGGUCAUGUGGUCAGCAUGACUAAUCUGCUUCUGGCGAAACUAGAGCAGUGCACGGAAACGCCAUUUACCUUCCCGCUGGAGCGGUACCUAUUUAUCUACUUGCACUUUGAUGUGCUUUUGAACUGCUAGAUUGGAAGGAGCUGGGACUGAGCAACGGGAGCUCACCCAGUCGCGGGGAUUCGAACCACCGACCUUUUGAUCAGCAAGCCCUAGGCUCAGUGGUUUAGACCACAGCGCCACCCGUGUCCCUCAUAUAAUCCUAUAAACACACAUUAUAUUAGAAUUUUGGAAAAUGGCUUAAUCUGCAAAUAGCAACAGGUUCCUAACAUUUGAAGGUUGUCUUAGUAAGUCCAAUUACAAUUUAACUUUUUGGGUACAAGUGUGGCACUGCAGCAAAGUAUUGCAGACUGAAGUACUCCGCUCAGGGUUGCAAAAACUCCAUUCUUUCCCACCUGUUUUGCCUUUUUUCCCUCAACUGUGAGUCAGCAUUUCAUUCUCACUGAACGUGCUCAGUCCUCAUUAGGCUAUUUUGUUUGGGGUUGUUGUUUUUCCUUUCAUUUUCUGGCAACCAGAAUCAGUCGAUGCUGGUACGGCUGAAUGUCACAUACUGAUUUGAACUAACCACCACCAAGGCCUUUGCCUGCAGAUUCCUAGUCAGCAAUGGACUACUGCCAUCUACUGGCUAGUACUGAUACAGCAAAGGGAGGGGCCAGAAAUUCCUUACGCACCUGGGAAGCUUUCCUGACUCUCUUGCUCCUCCUCCUGGCAGCUUUUGAUGAAGACCGUUGUUAUGAACCAUUCCUGGCACAUGGAAAUUUCAGCACAUCAGACCCACUGUAUCGCAUGGGGACUGUGGUUGAAUUUGCCUGCAGUGCCGGAUACAUGCUCGAACAGGGGCCUUCUGCCAUCGAGUGCAUUGAUUCAAGAGACCCCCGCUGGAAUGAGAGCGAGCCCACCUGCAAAGGUAAUCUCUCUUUGACGCCAACUCUUUCCAUUUUGUUCUUGAAUUUCUUUAUAACUCUGCCUUAUGAAUGUGUACAAGUGAUCAGCGAUGUAGUGCAUCAAGAUUCAUUUUUCUGUAGUGCUUAUCAGUUCACAAAACUGCUUAAGGAGAUGGGCAAGACAAAGGGGGGCAGGUUGAUAAUGAUUGGAAGGAGAUUCAAGUCACGAGAGAUUGUGCUGGUGGCACCAGGAAAAGAAAAAAGCAAUUCUGGGAGGACCGAAGUCUGUUUAUAGGUGAGUGAGUUGGGUCCAACCUGUUAAGAUCUCUGAAAUAAAAAAUAACAGUAUUUGUUAAUAAUGGGUCCAUAAAUCAGGAGGGGGUGCUCCUUGUUGGGAUGGGAGGCCUGCUUGCCCUUGGUGCAGCUCUUGUCUUUAUGAAGUCUGAAAACCAAAUGGGAAAAUGGCAGUCUCCUAAGGCUUUGAUGCCACUCCACAAGCAAGGCCAGGUAAUUUGGAACCCCACUGUUGAAGAAGGAUUUAGACAGAGAAAAUUUCUCCUCAGACUGAAGCCUCCUAUUCUACAGGUUGGCCCAGGAAAAUGUAAUACAUUUUCAAGUUAACGAGUGUAUUUAGUGCUAAUCCCACAGGCACUUAUCUGUCCGCAAGCGCCAUUGGAAUGAAUGGGUCUUGCUUCCAAGUACGCCAGAAGUAGUGUAGAGUCACAAUCUUCAGGGCAAUGAGGGCCUGGGUUUAUCUUCCCACAAUUCCACAGAAGGAUCUAGUUUAAAACUGGCUUAGGUUGGCAGUGCCGAUGCACCUUCUACUUCAACAUGUGGCCUCUUCCUGACUAUUGUGUUAUUUCCCCCUCCAGCCUUAUGUGGGGGGGAGCUCUCUGAGUCAACAGGCGUCGUCCUUUCCCCUGAUUGGCCCCAGUCCUAUGGGAAGGGCCAGGACUGCGUCUGGGGCAUCCGGGUGCAAGAGGAGAAGCGAGUGCUGCUGGACAUCGAGAUGUAGGUUCCACCUUCCGCCAUCACCAUCAGCACCACCACCCCUUUUGGGGGGCGGAUCCUCAUGAUUCAGGCAUCGACAUCCCACAUUGUCCUCACAUGGUCUUCCGAAACCACCAUCCAUCAUUAGAUUGAUUGUUCAAGUCAUUCAUCUCACCCAUUUAAUAUGGUAAGGUCCUUGCAUAAGAUUUGGAGAUGUCUCAUCUGACAAAAUAGGAUGCCUUUUGUGACAUAGGCAGUGCCUGAUCAAACCAGACUCUGUGGCAAGUUCUUUGUAUUUUUAGGAGCAAAUUUCUACAUUUUAGGAGGAGGAUGUUGAAGGGAAGUAGUGUUCUUAAUCAUCAACACAAGCAGGAAAUUUAUUUAAACAAUAAUUAUGCUGCUGCUCCUGGUGAUUUUUUUUUGCCACUGGCACUGUACUAGGACUUAACGGGAAAUGACAUUGACAAGGUCUUUUCCCCAUGAAGUUUGCUAUCAUGAUUAAGAUAUAAGGAGUAAAGUGAUGAGAGAAAAUAAUCGCUUGGUUUAAAUGUUGCAAAAAAGGAAGGUUAUUUAUUUAUAAUUCCAUUUUUAAUCCUAUCUUUCUUCUAAAAAUCUGGAGGACUGAGAAAAUGGAUCAAACCUCACACCAAGCAGAAAACAACAGCAACCCCUAUGUAUGCAGUUACAAGUCACAUAGCGAUGAAAUAACUGUGUACACCCAUUCUUUUUUUAAAAAAAAAAAACCCCAACAACCUCAAUCGUUUGAACACUGUCUCUGAACAGGAAGAAACCACAGUGAAGUAAUUAUUUAUAUUUAAAAAAGAAUAGCUGUCUGCAUGGCUGGAUUCUGCUUUCCAUUAGCCUGAUGGCUGCUACACUGCUUUUGCAAAUGCACUCUCAAGUACUCACUUUGAGGUUACCUGAUUGAGCAUCUCCGCAUUGUAAAACAUGUCCCUGUUUCUGCAUGCUAAAAACAAACUUCCUUUAAAGAACCUCAUUUUCCUUAAUGGUCCUAGAAAGCCUGUGGUUCUCUAACCAUCCAUUCAUCCAUUUAUUCACCUGUCUAUGCAUCCUUCCAUUAGUCUGGAAGAGAGAAAUGUUGGAGCAGGUUGAGCGACCUAAUCCUGCCACGUGGCUCUUCCUCUUUCCUUUUUAACAAUGCUUCCUGUUUGUGUGUCUCUCUUCCCCUCCACCCCAAUUCUCUUUCCAGCCUCAACAUCCGCAAAUCCGAUGUGCUGACCAUCUUUGACGGGGGGGACCUGACAGCCCGGAUCCUUGGCCAGUACUUGGGUCCCCACCCCCGCUUCAGCCUUUACUCUUCGGGCCCAGCUGUCACCCUCCAGUUUCAGUCAGAUCCUGGGGACCCCCUUUUUGGCCUCAGCCAGGGAUUCCUGGUGCGGUACAAGGGUAUGAGAAAGAAGUCCUGAGCGAUGGGUGGGAAAUGAUGGAAACGCCAUAGAAAACAAACGUAUUUCUGACACAUCCUGCAAAUAUAGUCUAUCAUGCCAGACCCCAAAGUCGUUUGGAAAUUUCAUAGGGGAUCAGGGCAGGGUGGUGUGGGGAGGAUGUUCUCAUAUGCUCUGCUUGUCUGAGAUUCCCCACUGGAAAAGAAAGGAAGGCCGGAAGAGCAGGCUGGGAGGAGGGAAAAGAAAAGCACAGGGGGGAAGAAGAAGGGACCAUUCUUGCCCAUUUUUAGUUUUGGGGAGAGAUAGAUUGGGAAAACAUGGUUAUCCCACUUCUGACACCAAUCCUGCUUCCAUUUCAGCCUGAUUUUAAAUACCCAAUGUAGGUUCAGUUUUUGUUAUCUUGACAGUGUUAUUGCAGGGGUCUUUUCCUGUGAGACAGUAAUUAACCAGAAGAACAAGAUAUUCUAUAAUGUUUACUUCUCUCUCUCUCUCUCUCUCUCACACACACACACACACACACACACACCCCUUGCUGUCCCUAUCAAGUCAUUCUAUUUGUCCAUGGAACAAUGGACUUCACUCACCAAACAGAAAGCCCCAUAGUGUUGUGUGCAGAAUCCCUGAGCUGGGAUUUCCCUUCAGCUUGUUGCCAUCUCACUGUUAUCCUAGGGGAGUUGUUUGGGAGGACGGGCCUGUAGGACUCCCUGCGUACCACGGGAAAUUGGGAGAAGGAGAAGCAUAGGUGGCGGUGGUGGGGAACAUGGCCUGAGGGAAGGUAGUCCCUAACUCCUUCCUCUCCUCCCUGCUCUGGCAGAGGUUCCACGAAACGACACUUGCCCCGAGCUGCCCGAGGUGGAGUUUGGCUGGCGCACAGCUUCUCACGCUGCCGUCAUCCGCGGCACAGUGGUGACGUACCAAUGCGAGCCAGGCUAUGACAUAGUGGGAUCCGACAUCCUCACCUGCCAGUGGGACCUGUCGUGGAGCAACAGCCCUCCCACUUGCCAGAAGAGUAAGUCUUCCUAGGGCCAGCGGUGGGGUGGUUUUCACCCCAGGAAAGGCAUCCUUUUUUCUUUUACCCCCCGGACUCAGAAUAUACCAGCAGGGACCUGGGUAGCAGGAGGGUGAAGAAAGAGGGUAAGCAAAACCUGCUGGAGGGAGAGCCGUUGUGGUGCAAAAAACAUUGGGUCCUGAGGGAUGGAAAUUGGGUCCCUACCAGGAGUCAUGAAGUAGCCAUGGACUACUGAAAGCCUUGCUCAAGAUCCAUGUUUAGUUUCUGAGCUUUCAAACAGACAGAGCCUAUACAGCAAAGGUGGGAAACCUCCAAGGCCCAACAAGCUUCCUCAUUUGACCCGCAAGGCUGUUUUGGGCAAGCUAUGCUAAAUCUGCCACCACUCUGGUCGCUGGGAGCCUCUCAAGCAUUGUGUAAAGUAGGAUUGGAUUCCUAGCCAUCAGCUGAUAAGGCAGCCCUGCUCACUUUGGGUGCGCAAGGAAGUUCGCUGCCAUGCUAAGCAGGAUUGAUCUCCCAACGCAUUGGCUGAUGCAAGGAGAGGCCAAGCCUGCUGGAUUCAGACGCUCAAGAGCUCCCUGCAGGGAACUCACUCGCGCUCCCCAACUGAGCACUCAGCAGAAUGGAAACCCCUGCGUCCAUGAAGGGUCUGCCCUCUGCUUUGUUUUAGCUGCAGUUUCGGUGCAUCUUCCUUUCUGAACCAGGAAGGGGUUUGUGCUGAAUCUUGCCUGUUUGGGACUUCAGAUCACCUUGCAGGCAGCUUUGCCUCUGAAAGUGUUUGCACCGAAACAUCCGCUAUUCCCCUUCGUUUGAACCAUGCCAUGCUUCCACCAAAUGAUGUCAUAUGUGACGUCAGGUGAUUGGCGUUUGGGCAGCUCCACUCACCUAUCAUAUUUGUAGAGUUCCUGAUAAACAUCUGGCCUGUGGAGCCCGAAAGGUUCUCCAUCGCUACCAUGCAGGAUUUUGACUGCAACGCAAAGAACUAGAAACUUGUUUCACUUAAUAAUGGAAGAUAAGAAGCUGUUGGGCAGCCCCAGACCCCAUGUCCCAUGUCUGCACCGUAUCAGGAAGAAUAUUAGUUCCCACAUUGUGAGGCAUAGCAUCCUCAACAGGGAAGGAAGGGGAGAUCCACAGGGACCACUUCUCAAACCCUUUUUCCUUCCUCUCCCUCUGCUUCUUCCCAAAGUUGUGAACUGCGCUGACCCUGGUGAGAUCAGCAACGGCAAGCGCAGUGUCUCAGACCAACGUUUCUCCAUUGGCUCCCACGUCCAAUAUUUCUGCCAUGAGGGUUACGUGGUGGAAGGGAGCAGCACACUGACCUGCUACAACCGGGACACAGGCACCCCCAAGUGGAGCGACCGGGUGCCCAAAUGCGUCUGUAAGUAAAGAACUGGGGGUCCUACUAAGAAGGGAAGAAGCUGUGUUGGCAGAGCUGGCAGGGGGAAACCCGUUCUGGGCAAGAGGGUAACUCUGGGCAGCACCUGGAGCCCAGAAGGGAAGAUUACAGGACCGCGGGACGAUGAGCAGGGGAAGAGAACCAUAGCUGCUGCGUCGGGAUUUUUAAGGGAACAUGUGCAGAGUGGCCAAGUUGGCCUUCCAGUUUGGAACUGAAGGCCCCUCGGUCUCUCUUGCAGUGAAAUACGAGCCCUGCCUGAACCCUGGCGUCCCAGAGAACGGGUACCAAACGCUUUACAAGCACCACUACCAGGCGGGAGAAUCCCUGCGCUUUUUCUGCUACGAAGGCUUUGAGCUCAUCGGCGAAGUGACGAUCACCUGCAUACCUGGCCACCCGUCCCAGUGGACCAGCCAGCCUCCUUUGUGCAAAGGUAUGGCGUUCUCCCUGCUCCAGUCGCCGCCACACGUGGCCUGCCCACUCCCCAUCCCACCCUACCCCCUCUGUCGUGAUUGCCUCUUGCUGCUCUCUAAAUGCCCCCCUUGGUCUCUUUCCCUCCCCCAGUGGCCUAUGAGGAGUUACUGGAUGGCCGGAAGCUAGAAGGUGAGGAUGGGAUUGUGAUGGGGAGCUUGGGAGGGGAAGAGGGGCAGGAGGUGGGUGAAUUUGCCACUGGGUCUGCUGCUGAGGUCACUCGCAUGCUCCAUUUGCGCCUUUUGUUUUGCAGUCACCCAAACGACAGAUCCUUCCCACCAGAUGGAAGGUGGCAACAUCGCCCUGGCCAUCUUCUUGCCCAUCCUCCUCGUUAUCCUACUGAUUGGUGGCAUCUAUGUCUACUACACCAAGUGAGCUGAGCCUCCACAGAUCUUGGGGGGGCGGAGGGUGGAGUUGGGCCUUGGCCAAUGGGUGGGCAAGGGCCAAGUGGCGUUGGAUGUAAUAGGUUGCGAUGGAGCAACUUGCACCUGCCCGACGAAGGCAGAAGGCUGUGGUUCUUUGGUGCUGUGAGAAUCUUAAGUUGGAAUGGAGAGGUAUUGUGUGACGUCACUGCUGGAUAUUGAGGGUGCUGAGCCCCCUUCUUAAAAACUGGUGGGGGGGGGAGUCCCGGGGCCCCGGCAGCCCAACUGGCUUGCUUUGUUCUAUCUUCUCCUUCUCCUCCUCCUUUCCCCCACCCCCAGGUUCCAAGGAAAGACCCUUUUUGGCUUCUCCUUCUCCAGCUCCCACAGCUACAGCCCCAUCACUGUGGAGUCUGACUUCAACAACCCUCUCUACGAGGCUGGGGUGAGAUGCUCUUUGUCCUGUGGCGGGUGGGGGAAUGGGGAAGAAGGGUGCUAAAUGGGAUGUGAAUGUCUGUGAAAACACCACUUUUUUUAAAAAAAAAACAUUUUUGAAAAUAAUAAUAGGUGGUAGAAGUAGUAUAGUAGUAUUUCUUAAAAUUAUAUACUGCCCUUCAUCUGAAGAUCUCAGGGUGGUCCACAAGAUAAAAAUACAGGAUAAAAACACAAAAUAAAUAGAGCAGAACAAAACCAUAACCACCACCCCUUCCCACAAACACAUUUAAAAGGGCAUUAAUCAGGCAAAGGCCUGGUUGGAUAGGAAUGUUUUUGCCUGGUGCCUGCCUGGCGUCCUCUGGUCCAUGGGGUCAUGAAGAGUCGGACACGACUAAACAACAACAACAAAGAUGUGUAAUGAAGGUGCCAGAUGAACCUCCCUGGAGAGAGCAUUCCACAAAUAGGGAGCCACUGCAGAAAAGGCCCGUCACGCUUUAUUGGAAGGGUGAGGAAUGUUUUUCAGCCCAAGGACCACAUUCUCUUCCAGGGACCACAGGCUAAUAGUGGAUGUGGCCAGAGACAGAAGUGGCCAGAGCAAUCGAGGGCCAGUUGGAGAGACUUGGAGGGCCACAUUUGGACCUUGGUUCUCUAUUUCUGCUCCACACAGUGUGUGUUUUAAAAUAAAUAUCAGGGAGAUUGGAAUCCAAUACAUCUUAUAGCAGUUUCUGGGGCAUGAGAAGCUCCAGGGACUGCAUUGUUGUUUUGUUUCCUUAGGGGUAAUUUUUAAAAAAAACAACUCUGAAAAAUCACCCUGUUUUUGUAAUUUUGUAAAAUUUCUGUUAUGCUCUGCAUGUGUAAGUGGAGGCUGAUCUGCUACCCCACAUCCAAUCCCCAGAGAGAGACUAUCCACGACUCUCUUUUGUCUUCAGGGACUAUAAACCAGGAUAUGAGCAUGCUGAGCAACAAACUGGGAUGCCAGAAAAAUCACUCUGUAGCUUUGGAAAGCUAAUGUUCUGUAACAGGGAUGGGAAAUAUUUUUCUUCCCUUCUGGGGAAGCCAGUCUUCUAGGGGCCGCAUGCCAGGAGUGGGAGGGCCAGGGGCAAAAUUGGCAGAGCAAGAAAUGGGAGUUUUACCUUUCUGCAGUAGACUAGCCUCUUCCCAUCCGCACAGCCUUCUCUGUUCUCAAGGCAAGCAAGAAAGCCUUAUCAGAGUUCAAGGGCAGGGCACAUUCCAGCGCAAGAUGUAGCAGCAGCCACCAACUUGGAUGACUUUAAAAGAAUAUUAAACUAAUUCAGGGAGGACGAGGUUGCCUGUGGCUAUUAGCCAGCGUGGCAAUGUUCCCCCUUUGGAGGCUGUAUCAAGGGAGGAGAGUGCUGUUGCAUUCUGGUCCUGCUUCCAUGGGUAUCUGGAUGGCCAUUGGGUGAACAGGAUGCUGGGCUAAGAUGAUCCAGCAGCACUCUGCUUAUAUUCUGAUGCUUUUCCAAACACAGUAGUUCUGGUUGGGGCUGGGGGUGCUCCCAAUGCACAUUCAGUUUACAGAGGAGGAAUUUUCCUCAGGAUCAAAGCAGAGGAAGAAAAGCCCCGGUCACGCCUGCUGCGGCCCCAAUAAUGAUCAAUCCCACAAACUGAUGCUAGUUGACACAUUUAACAUCACGCGUGGUCCACUUCUGAGCGAUGUCUUGGACUAAAAGUGGCUUCCCAGAAGCGUUUUGUAAAUCAACCGGCAUUAACUUCCUAGCUGCCCAAUUCCUCUGAUGUUUGGGGUGGUUUGGGAUGGGGAGAGCAUUGGCAAAACUCCACCCGGAUGCUAACACGCCCUUUCCCUCCUCUCAACCUCUCCGCUGGCAGGACACCAGAGAAUACGAAGUUUCCAUCUAG